AAGCACGGUUUUGAUAACCUUUUUCUGCUCGCAAAACUGUCUCCCUUUGCUCCAAGGGAGUAAUAGGAAACAAAAACACCAAGUGAUAGAAAAGCUCGGUUCCCGUGGACCGAUAUAAUGUCACUUUCAGCUGCUAUUGACAAUGAAACAUCGUGAUCAAAACCCAGUAUACGGACCAAAAGUUGUACCUCGACUUGCUCAGGCGUCAUCCCGACCAUUACAUACAAAUACAAGAUCUGACUGUUAUUAUUGCAAUCGCUUCGGAAAAUUGGCACGCAAAUGUGGUCAUAAUGAUGCUUUCUUGUCCAAAAGAUCAUCAGCAAACAGAUUUGGGGCUCAGUGCAUUCAAAAUGAAAAUAUAGUCCAAAGAACAAAAUUAAAUAGGGCAGUUAUUCCAUCUGCGCCUCCUCCUUCAUCAUUUCCUGUACCUGGUUUACCUCCGACUCCUCCACCUACUUAUCAGGAAAGCGUUACUUUACCACUUCCCCCAGAAUACGAAGAAAGACUGCCAGAAGUUAUUGUUACACAACCACCUGCAACUGUAUUCAAAUGGAAUCCGGUGGCUAUGACUUGUCCUUAUUGUCAUCAUAUUAUUGUUACUAAAGUGAGAUCCGAGUCAGGACUAUUAGCUUGGUUACUUUGUGGAGUUAUGUUUUUAACUGGGUGAGUUCUAGUUACAAAAUGAAUUUUGUUUUAGUUAGAAAUAAUUCUUCACUCAAAUUUACAAAUGUUUUUCCUUUUUUUAAUAACAUCUUAUACAUUAGAUAACAAUUCAGCAUAUAAUUUUCGCUAUUUUGUAACGUUGUCUUUCUAUAGUCAUAGAAAUUUAGCUUUUAUCAACAACACGUACAUUGAAUUACAGAUAUUUAACUAUGAAGUGUAUUUAUAUCAUUGUCAUUAUCAACAGUUAUGUUUCAAAUAUACCUAAAAUCCAGUAAUCAAAUAGUCUACUUUUUAAUGUGUUUGAUAUAACGUAUAUUAUCUUAGCCAGUCAAUAAACGUAGUUUAUACUCUAAACUUACUUACUUACGCCUGUCACUCCCAAUGGAACAUAGACCAUAGACCAACAUUCUCCAACUCACUCUGUCCUGAGCCUUCCUUUCUAGUUCUACACAAUUUUUGUUCAUUCUUUUCAUGUCUUUCUCCAUUUCUCGGAGUAAUGUGUUCUUUGAUCUUCCUCUUCUCCUUUGACCUUGAGGAUUCCAAGUGAGGGCCUGCCGUGUGGCGCAGUUGGGCGCUUUCCUCAAUGUGUUUCCUAUCCACUUCCAACGCUUCUUCCUGAUUUUUCCUCCGCUGGAAUCUGGUUUGUUCUCUUCCGCAGCAGGUUGUUGCUGAUAGCGUCUGAUCAACGGAUCCGAAGUAUUUUGCGUAGUAAACUUUUAAUAAACAUUUGUAUCUUCUGGACGAUGGCUUCCGUGGUUCUCUGAGUUUCCACCCCAUACAGUAGAACUGUCUUGACAUUUGUAUUGAAAAUCUUGAAGUUAAUAUAUAUCUUGAUUCUAAAUAUUAAUAUUCUAACUGUACUGAUGUUUCAAUUAUCAGUGAAAUUUCUCCAUAAAAAUCUAUUACUUCUAGAUUUUUUGUAAAAAUAUCUCUUAUCAAUUAUUUAUGAUAAAAGUUAAUUCACUAACUAACUUAUUCAUGGGAUACCUAUUAUGAAAAGGACUAGUGAUAUAACUGCCCUACCCGGUUACCCAAAACCAAAUUAAGCUUAUUCAAUUACUACAAUUCUUGUUUAUCAUUUUAUAAUGCCUAAUCAACUGUAUAUUACAAGUUAAUAAAAUGUAUUUACAAUUGAUUAAUCACUGGGUUGUGACCAAUGUCAUGUGUAUCAGGUCCUUCUCAGUGCAGAUCGAAUUCCAUCAAUGAAGUUUCAAUGUAACCACUAGUCUAGGUGACUCAACAUCGCCUGCACUAUGUUGAGGUGGUGGUUCGAGGUAGUAGACAGAAAACCCUGGACAUAGGUUUCGUGCUAUUUGGCAAUCAUCAACAAGAUGUAUCUGAACUGAUGCUCCUCUAUCGACUACCUCCAACCAUCAUUUCACCCGACAAAAUAUAUAGACUGAAUCAAAUGUUUGACUUCUCUAAAUGCACAGAUAUUUUCUAUUAUGAAAUAAUUCAGUAAAUAAUUCUUACUAUUGUUGUUAUAUAUUACAGUAAAAAUUGUUAUUAUAUCUGGUUAGAAGUGUCGAAUUCAGUUUCUGUAAUAGCUAAUUAACAUUUGAUUAUGAUUAUUUUACAAUCUUUGUUUAGUCAC